AUGAGCCCUCCAUAUAUGAUCACUUCUGAUGAAUCAUUACAAAUCCCCCAAUUCUCAGAGGGAUAUCGGUUAAGACCAAUAGAACUUGCAGAUUAUAAGAGAGGAGCUCUUGAUGUUUUAAAAAAUCUUACUACAGUAGGAGACAUCUCAAGAGAGGAGUUCUCAGAGUUGGUUAAAACGUGGCAACGUAACCCUGAAAUAUAUCAUACAUAUGUGAUCAUGAACCCACUGGACAAAGUUGUGGCAAUAGGAAGUAUUAUUAUUGAAGCAAAACUUAUACACCAUUGUGGAAAGGUCGGGCAUAUCGAAGAUAUAGCUGUGAAUUCGAGUGAACAAGGAAAGCGACUAGGAUUAUCUUUGAUUAGGUAUCUUCUUGCAUUAGGGAGGAAAAAUGGUUGCUAUAAAGUAAUAUUAGAUUGCGAUCCAGCUAAUGAAGGUUUCUAUUUGAAAUGCGGUUUAUCCAGGGCAGGGUAUGAAAUGGAAUACAGAUUCAUAUGA